CCGGCGUCCUCCUCCCGCCACUCUCCCCGCACCACCGCCCGCCCGCGGCGCCGGGACCCGGCACCGGGAGCAGCGGGAGCGCCAAAUUCGGGCAGCGGGAGCAGCGCCGCGGAGCACCAGGAGCGCCACGUCCGAGCACCGAGAGCCGUCCCGCCACGCACAGUAGAUCGGGACACCGAGAGCCCUCCCGCCAGGCACGGGGUAGGCGAAGAGCGGGCAGCGAGAGCCCUCCGGGCAGCGCCGGGUACGGGGGAUCCAGGCUCCGCUAAUCGUCCAGGCGGGACCUGAGAGUAUCCAGCCGGGGAUCGUCCAGCCAGCACCGGGCACGGCAGAGUUGAUCCCUGGGAGCCGUCGAGGCAGCACCAGGCACGGCAGAUCAGGCCUCCGGGAGUCAUCCAGGCGGGACCCCAGCGUAUCCAGUCUCCGGGAGUCAUCCAGGCAGCACCGAGCACGGCCGAUCCGGCUGUGGAAGCCAUCCAGGCAGCACCGGGCACGGCAGAUCCAGACGGGACGACUGGCCGUCCGGCUGGGUACCGGGCACGGUAAAUCGGGGCGCACGGCUCGGGGCACCAUGGGCCCCCCCGGCGUGCUGCCCGCCCUGGCCUGGCUGCUGGCAGGGCUGAGCCUGCCGGCGCCGAGCCGGGCCCAGCUGCAUGGUGAGAAGGGCAUCUCCAUCCCCGACCAUGGCUUCUGCCAGCCCAUCUCCAUCCCACUCUGCACCGACAUUGCCUACAACCAGACGAUCAUGCCCAACCUGCUGGGUCACACCAACCAGGAGGACGCCGGGCUGGAGGUCCACCAGUUCUACCCGCUGGUGAAGGUGCAGUGCUCACUGGAGCUGAAGUUCUUCCUGUGCUCCAUGUAUGCGCCGGUGUGCACGGUGCUGGAGCAGGCCAUCCCGCCAUGCCGCUCCAUCUGCGAGCGGGCGCGCCAGGGCUGCGAGGCCCUCAUGAACAAAUUCGGGUUCCAGUGGCCGGAGCGGUUGCGAUGUGAGAACUUCCCCCGGCACGGUGCCGAGCAGAUCUGUGUGGGGCAGAACCACUCGGAGGAUGGCGGCUCCCCAGCACUGCUGACCAGUGCCACACCGCUGGCCGGCCAGGGCACCCCUGGCGCCCCCCGCUAUGCCACCCUUGACCACCCCUUCCACUGCCCGCGGGCGCUGAAGGUGCCCAGCUACCUCAACUACAAGUUCCUGGGGGAGAAGGACUGUGCGGCGCCCUGUGAGCCCACCCGUCCUGACGGCCACAUGUUCUUCAAUGAGGAUGAGAUCCGCUUCGCCCGCAUCUGGAUCCUUAUCUGGUCCGUCCUGUGCUGUGCCUCCACCUUCUUCACCGUCACCACCUACCUGGUGGACAUGCAGCGCUUCCGCUACCCCGAGCGACCCAUCAUCUUCCUCUCGGGAUGCUACACCAUGGUGUCGGUGGCCUACAUCGCCGGCUUCGUGCUGGAGGAGAGGGUGGUCUGCAACGAGCGCUUCCAGGAGGACGGCUACCGCACCGUGGUGCAGGGCACCAAAAAGGAGGGCUGCACCAUCCUCUUCAUGAUGCUCUACUUCUUCAGCAUGGCCAGCUCUAUCUGGUGGGUCAUCCUCUCCCUCACCUGGUUCCUGGCCGCUGGCAUGAAGUGGGGCCACGAGGCCAUCGAAGCCAACUCCCAGUACUUUCACUUGGCCGCCUGGGCAGUGCCAGCCGUCAAGACUAUCACCAUCCUGGCCAUGGGGCAGAUCGAUGGGGACCUGCUGAGCGGUGUGUGCUUUGUGGGCCUCAACAACAUCGACCCUCUGCGGGGCUUUGUGCUGGCCCCGCUCUUCGUCUACCUCUUCAUCGGCACCUCCUUCCUCCUGGCCGGCUUUGUCUCCCUCUUCCGCAUCCGCACCAUCAUGAAGCACGGCGGCACCAAGACGGAGAAGCUGGAGCGGCUCAUGGUUCGCAUCGGGGUCUUCAGCGUCCUCUACACCGUCCCAGCCACCAUCGUCAUCGCCUGCUACUUCUACGAGCAGGCAUUCCGUGAGCACUGGGAGCGCAGCUGGAUCAGCCAGAACUGCAAGAGCUUGGCCAUCCCCUGCCCGCUCCACUUCACCCCCCGCAUGACCCCCGACUUCACCGUCUACAUGAUCAAGUAUCUCAUGACUCUGAUCGUGGGCAUCACCUCCGGGUUCUGGAUAUGGUCGGGCAAAACCCUGCACUCCUGGAGGAAGUUCUACACUCGGCUCACCAACAGCAAGCAGGGCGAGACCACGGUGUGACCCCCCGGCCCCGCCGCCCUUCGGCCUGAAAUGUUUUUUGGGGGGUGGGGGGGAGGAGUUAUUAUAUAUUUUUUAUUUUUAGAUUUAUUAACGUCUAAGGGGUGCCUCUCUUUUCUCUUUGAUUUUUUUUUUUUUUGUAAUUAAACCUGUAAAUAGCAUUUGUAAAUUUAA